UCGGCAUACACCAAAUUUUUAUUUUCUUAUUGGACUCUAUUGGAUAUCUUUGCUAGAAAAUCCAAAUUCAACGGAACAAAUAUAAGAAUAAAUCAGAAAAUAUUAAAAAAUAAUUAUAAAAGUAGUGCACAGACGUUUUCCAUCCGCAAAAAGACCGUAUUGAGCAAAAUGAAUAUAAAUUUACCAAAUUUCAAUGUAAAAAAUCUGGUGAAGGAGGCGGGAAGUACUCUGUCCAGAGUGGUGCAGCUAACGGAAGAAAAACUCGGCACUACAGAGCGCACCGAGUACGAUAAUGAAUUCCAGAAUUUAGCUGAACGCGCCGAUAUAACCAAAACGUGGACAGAGAAAAUAGUACGUGAUACCGAGACAGUAUUAAUACCCAAUCCACAAAAUCGCAUAGAAGAUUUUAUUUUUGAAAAAAUCGAAAAAACUAAACCACAACGACUGAGCAACUUGGAGCAUUUGGCUUUAGGUAUGAUAGAGGCCGGUGGAGAUUUCGGUCAAGAUUUACCAUACGGUCAAGCUUUAAUAAAAGUUGGUCAAGCCGAACAGAAACUGGGACAAUGCGAACGAGAUUUUAUUGCAUCCUCCGGCAUAUGUUUCACUCAACCUUUGCGUAAAUUCUUAGAGGGUGAAAUGAAAACAAUAACGAAGGAGCGCGGUAUAUUAGAAACCAAACGACUUGAUUUGGAUGCUUGCAAAAAUCGGGUUAAGAAAGCUAGAAGCAUGUUAGGACAACAGGCGAAAGAUGGUGUCUCCCCAGAGGCAGUACUUGAGCAGGCCGAACGUGACUUGCGUGUCGCACAGGCGGAAUUCGAUCGUCAGUCAGAGAUUACCAAAGUAUUACUUGAGGGCAUCAGCACUUCACAGGCAUCUCAUUUAAGACAUUUACAUGCAUUUGUUGAAACACAGGUGCGUUAUUACAAGCACUGCAUGGAUGCAAUGAACAAUUUGCAACGCGAUUUGGCCAAUUUGGGAGGCCCCACCCCAUACGUACCGAUCGAUAUAUACAACGAUAAUGAUGGUAGUGCCACUGGUGGCCUAGGACUCAAUGCUGGCGUUGGCAUUGGCAACGCUGGCGGUGGUGCUGCAGCCGGUGUGGCUGCUGGCAGCGGUGCUAGAAGACGCAACCCAGGUGAUCCAAUACUGAAUGCUGACCAAAUGCGACGCGCACGUGUGCUAUGCGCUUACGAUGCAAAAGAUCACACCGAAUUGAAUUUAAAUGCUAACGAGGUAAUAUUCGUAACUGAAUGCUCACCUGUGAAUCCGGAUUACAUGUAUGGCAAGCAGGGCUUAUUGAAGGGACUGGUACCACGCGCUUUUCUCGAAAUGCUCGAUAACGAAGGAAAUGACACGUAUGCAGGCAAUAAUGAUUAUUAAGAAAACGUCUGAUAAUAGCAUUUAAAGUGCAAUAGUUCACUUAUGCAAAGCAAAAAAAAAAUGUACACCACACGUUCCAUAUGUUUAAAAAAGCAAUGUUAAGGAAAUCCACAAAUACUCAUAAAAUUUAUUUAAUUUAUACCUAUUUAUUUAGCGUUGCGUAAAAUGCAGAAUACAAGCAAAGAACUAACAACAUAGACGGUAUAUACAAAUAGCAAUGUUAAAUUGACCUAGAAAUUGCAGUACAAUAAUAUAAAAAUAAUACAAAAAAUAAAUAUAUAAAUCGAAUAACACCGCUACAAAAUGAAAAAAUUAAUAAUUUUUAAAAUGUGCAAUAAUAUGUUGCGAGCAAAAUAUGUUGUAGAAAAAUUGCUUAAAGACGGUCCAUUGUUAUCUAGAACUGUUGUAGCGGCUAAGUUUGCUAAACAAUAAAUCCAGUAGUAACGAGUGGUACAAUAAUUCGGCUAUAAUGCCUGUUGUUAUAAACUACGAACCGCACGAUAAUCACAAUUACAACAUACGUAUUAAUACAUAGAGUUAAUAUUUCAUUUUUAGAAAAUUCUUCAAGUCGGCGCAGCAUUUGUAUGCAUAUAUAAAAUAAACACGAUUUAUAUUUUGAUUUUUUAGUUAUAAGUUUCAUUGUAUUGUUUUAGUUUAGUUUAUAGUGUCUUCCAGUACCAGAAAUCUUAUAAAAAACAUGCCAGUAAUUUGGUUUUAAUUGUUAUUAAAGAAUCUCCACACCUUCUUAACUAUAAUUGAAGCAUUGGUAUUUUAAAAGAAAAAAAUUAAAAGACUAUUUGUUUAUGUGAAAAAGGUUUUAUUAUAUGUAUAUUUUUAUAUGUUUUUUGUUGGAAGAAAAAAAUAAUAAUUGUGUUAAUUUUAAGUUUUUUUUUGUUGUAUAAUUUUGCAACUUUGCGGAACUGUAACAAACUAAGAAUCCCCAAAAACAAAAUUAAAUUUACAGUUCUUAAAGCUACUGGCUGAUCGUCAAUUGAAAAACCAUCAAAUUACAAAUAAAUUCAGCAAGCUAAUUUAAAUCGCUUAAAAAAUAUUCCAGAUUAUUUAAGGUGCAAUUAAGGCGUGUCAAUUAGACAAAUAUUAGUGUAUUUGUAUUUUUUCGCCUCUCUGAUAUUUUUUGUGCAAAUAAAAGCUAAAAUAUAGAUCAGUGUAGUUUGUAUAUACAUGUGGUAUAUAUAUAUGUAUAUGUAUAUUAUAAAAGAAUAUAUAAAGUGUAUUACAAGUUAUUUGUGCAAUUUUCUGCAAUAUAGUGCAAUUCAAUUUGAAAAUAUUUAAAUUUAAAUCUACAUAUUUCUUAUGCUAUAAUUCGAUUUGUUUCAUAUGCUUAAUCAUAUAAAAUACAAAAGUUUAAUCUUACUGCUUAAAUAAAUACUAAAUAAAAUUAAAAACAAAAAUAUUAUAUAAGUGAAUAAAAACAACUAAACAAUUACAACGAAACACAAUGAAUUGGUUUCCCCAAAACUAUAAACAUUUAUUAUACUUUUCGCCUUAAAUAUAUUAAUAAUUUGAGGUUAUGUCAUUCACUUUGUAACAUAAGUUUUGUGGAAUUAAAAAAAAAGCAAUUUGUCUUCUUCUUCUCUUACGUAACUUUAAUGAAUGCAAUUGCAAAAUCAAAUAGCAAAAACUAAUACCAAUAAUAUAAAGGAACAAAUAUAUGUACACCAAGUGUUAUCCUGGUUAACAUGGAGAACGUAUGUGUGCCUCGUGCAUGUGGCAAUAAUUUAUUUCUAGCGAUUCGUUAUUUAGUAGUUAAUUUAUUGUGUACAAUAGUAGUGAGAAAAAAUAGCAAACGUAAUCGCGUAGAAUUUUUAGAAAGACAUACAAAUAUACAUACACAUAGAUUCGCAUACCUAAAUAGCAUACACAAUACGCUUGAGUGAAAAUGUACCUCCAUUUGUGUAAUUUAAUAACUUUUGUCUAGCAUAAAUGUGUUAUUAUUGACUUUUAGUAACUAUUUGGUUAUUUUAAGCCGCUCUGCCACGAUUUGUCAGCACUUUACUUCAUUCCCGUAAUAUUAAAAACAUAAAUGUAUUACAAAUAAUAAAGCAAAAAAUUAAACAAAUAAAUCGUAA